CAUAUCCCUCCCACCCUCUCUCUUUCUUCUCCUCCUCCUCCUCCUCCUCUUCUCCUGUCUGCAUUCACUCUGCCUCUUUGUACCAUGCGCUAGGUAUACACAUGUAAGUGUAAUCCGGGAGACAGCGGAGGGAUGGGAGUCAGUGAACAAGAGGCUGCUCUCUGAUUGAAAAACAGAGCUGCUGAGUAGUCACACAACCAGGACAGCUGCUGCUGCUGUGGACAUUGUAAGGGAUCAGAAUUUUACCUCCUGGAGUAGUUCAUCAUCUCUUUGUGCUCAUGUGUCUCCAUUCUCUGUGUUAUCUGUAGAACUGAGCUCCAGAUUAAAAGGAAAUUGCAGGACGAUUGCAUCUGCCCGUCAGUCUGUGAUGAGCCUCUGAUUACUACAGAAAGCUUGAGUGAGACAGACGGAUGAAUCGAGGACAAGCCAGUCGAGACUGCAAAGGGAGAUUCAUUAAACUGCUCUUCUCGUCGUAAGACGCUGUACCUUUUUUGGAGGGUGCGUCUUCGUCUGUUUUUGUGUCUCUGCCGGGACCGAGACAGUGUUCCUGCAGUCUGCAGUGGCCAGUUGUUGGUUUCUGUAGCAGACAAAGCAGAGAGACCCACACAGGCUGAGGCUGUGUUGAAGCAGGAAACCCUCGGAAGACAAUAAUUCUCCUCUCCUCUUGUCUCUGUAGACAUAGCUGACUACCCUGACUACCCUGCCUACCCUGACACCCCUGCCUACCCUGACACUGACCCGACCAAGAGACUAUCCAGACUGGAAGGAGCCGUGUCUUAGACUGACCCACCACAAGCUUUAACCGGAGCACCUGAAGCCGUGCCGGGCGGCUCCCAGUCCCAGCCAGGAUGCAGGUGUCGUUAGUGUGUACGGACCACAACCGUGGAGGGGUGAGCCGCAGUACAGAGGAACGGCUCAACCACCGCCAGAAUGCCAACAGCCCCAACACAGGCACCCGCAGCAAGUUCAGGGCUGUGGCCAUGGUGGCCCGUAGUCUGGGACAGCUCACUGUCCAGAGCCAGCCCACAUCCAGCGACCAGAGCAUACGGACCGGCAUGAAGUAUAGAAACCUUGGGAAGUCUGGCCUGAGGGUGUCCUGCCUUGGACUAGGAACAUGGGUGACGUUUGGUGGACAGAUAACAGACGAGAUGGCCGAGCAGCUUGUGUGCCUGGCCUACGAGAACGGCAUCAAUCUGUUUGACACAGCAGAGGUCUACGCUGCAGGGAAGGCUGAGGUGGUGCUGGGGAACGUCAUAAAGAAGAAAGGAUGGAGACGUUCCAGUUUGGUGAUCACAACCAAGAUCUUCUGGGGCGGAAAAGCAGAGACUGAGAGAGGUUUAUCCCGAAAACACAUUAUAGAAGGUUUAAAGGCCUCACUGGAGAGACUGCAGCUAGAGUAUGUGGACGUGGUGUUUGCAAACAGACCGGACCCCAACACUCCCAUGGAAGAGACGGUGCGGGCGAUGACCCAUGUGAUCAACCAGGGCAUGGCCAUGUACUGGGGCACGUCCCGCUGGAGCCCCAUGGAGAUCAUGGAGGCGUACUCUGUGGCGCGGCAGUUCAACCAGAUCCCUCCUAUCUGUGAGCAGGCUGAGUACCACAUGUUCCAGAGGGAGAAGGUAGAGGUGCAGCUGCCAGAGCUCUUCCAUAAGAUAGGUGUGGGGGCGAUGACAUGGUCACCGCUGGCCUGUGGGAUCAUCUCAGGGAAAUACGACAGCGGGGUACCACCUUACUCCCGCGCUUCUCUUAAGGUUCUAGAACUUGGUGUCUCCUAGAUGUUUGUUUUUGAGUGCCCUGUGACAGCAUGCACUGUGUACCAACUCUGUGUACCAACUCUGUGUACCAACUCUGUGUACCAAUUCGACGACGUGUCAGGUUGUGUCAGCUCAAGCAGCUUAUCUCACAUUUUCACACACACAGGCACACGCAUGCACACGCACAUUCACACAUAUAUUCACCAGAUUACAGCAACAUCCACGUACUGCAUCACAAAUUCAGAAACUAGGGCAUAAUCUUUCCCUGUGUUGUCACGGUGGCAUACAGGAUUGCUGUAGGUGCUCUGAGCGUUCUCUGUGGCCCCAACCAACGUUCCCUCUAAUUUGUUUCCGGCACUGAGCAAAUUUCAGGUCUGCUGAGCGCAAACUUGAAAGUUGUGAAAAUUCUUCCAGCGCGAGUUUACUGUGAAUACUGAGGCUGUACUAACUUUAAGUUACAGUUUCAGACAGUGGUCAAGAAGACUACUGUGGCUAUUUGAUCAUAAUGUAGGUCUACCAGAGUGGCCUUCCAUCAAAAACAAUGGAGAAAAUGCAUCCCGUAACAUUUUAACAUGGAAAUAGCUGUUCUAUCAUUCAGCCUACAGUAGCAGCCAAUGUGUGGUGUUCAAUGUAGGUCUACAUUCUAUGAGACUUUUGAAAAAAACAUGCAGGGCUUGACAUGAACCUGUUUAUCAACUUGUCCUUCAGACAAGGAGGUGACUGAAAAUGUUGUGUUUGAUUCAAAAUAAAAUGCAUUACUAUACCCAUACCAUUAUUACAGAGAAUCAGACAAAUUAUGCUACCCUCUGCCUUUUGGUUACUUAGCUUAUUCCUGACUGUCUCAAAAUACAACACUGCCCCUUUAAGACAAAAAAAGCUCUUUACCUGACUUGCUUUUCAAAGACGUCUAGAAUUGCACGUUUUGUGCUCUUGUAGGAAGCAAUCACUCCCCUAU